GCGAGCAGGACGCGGUUUUUUUUUUUUGUGGUCGCGUCUCCUCCGUCCAAACACGUACAAGUUGAAAAAGAGGGGGAUUAUUAUCAUUAUUAUUAUUAUUAUUACUAUAAUUAUUAGCGGCUGGUUCUGGACGGAUGUGUUGCGCACGUGCAGAGAGGGAAACCACUCCGCCGAGCAUCUUUUCUUCUUCUUCUCCUCCUCCUCCUGACUCUCUCAUUUGGAAGGACGCCAGCCCUGCCGAUCCUUGCAAGUUGGCUCCAAUAAUUUGUGACAUUGUCUGUCAGACAUCAGUGAAUCGAUUCUUUAAAGAAGAAAAAAAAUUGAACGAUCCCUUCCCUCCUCCUCCUCCUCCUCCUCCUCCUCCUCUUCUUCUUCUUCUUCUCUUCCACUCACCACCUUCUUAUAAAUAUGCGACCCGGCGUGCUCGGCUCGCCUCGGUCCAUCCUCGGCGUGCAGCAGGAUAUGAUUCUUGCUGAUUUUUGAUCGUCUUCCUUUCUUGUCCAUGCAAGACCCGGAGUGGAAACAUGUCUGUCCACUUCUCUGAGAGGACCCCGGCUGUCAGAGAUGGCAUUCUGGUCCGGCACUUUCACCUCUAAAGUGCCCAGGAAAAUCUUGUUCAUGUUCACCCUGUCCCUGUCGGUCACCUACUUGUUCUACAGCUUGAUGAGCUGCUACAACUCGCUCCAGUUCCCGCUGCAGGACAACUUUGCCUACCAGGCUCGGCUGGCCACCGAGGAGACCACUUUGGUGAGGGACCAACUUUACUCCACCUCCGCUGAGGCCGAGUUCACCCACAGGAGCACGGUGGUCUCCAUCGUGCACCGGGAUGAGGCGCUGGCGGAGGACGAGGAGGAGGAGGACCGCCAUGCCCGGCCGCCGUCCGCCACCGAGUCCACGCGCCAGCGGGCGGUCAGCACCACGGAGGGCGACCUGCGGGUGAACUGCACCUCGGAUUACGGCGAGAAGAAGCUCCCGCAAGCCAUCAUCAUCGGGGUGAAGAAAGGCGGCACCCGGGCGCUGCUGGAGGCUCUCAGGGUGCACCCGGAUGUCAGGGCCGUGGGGAACGAGCCGCACUUCUUCGACAGGAACUACGAGAAGGGUCUGGACUGGUACAGGUGA